AUGUCCUACCGCGAGAACCAAGGCAACAGUGGCGCUAGCAGCAGCUACUACGACACCACCCAGGAUUUCAACCGUAACAACAACAACAGCAACAACAACAACAACAACAACAACAACAACAACAACUCCUACGGCUCCGGCCACGAAGGUCGCUCUGAGUACAACCAGAACCAAGGCCAAGGCAACUACGGCCAGCAAUCUCACGGCGGUGGCUACGGCAACAACUCCGGUAAUAGCUCUGGCUACAACAACCAGGGCCAGAACCAGGGCAACUACGGCAACAACUCCGGCUUCAACCAGAACCAGAACCAGAACCAGAACCAGGGCCAGGGCAACUACGGCCGCCAGGACUCCCAGGGCGGUGGUUACGGUAACAACUCCGGCUUCAACCAGAACCAAAACCAGAACCAGGGUCAGGGCAACUACGGCCGCCAGGACUCUCAGGGCGGUGGCUACGGUAACAACUCUGGCAACAACUCCGGCUUCAACCAGAACCAGAACCAGGGCAACUACGGCAACAACUCUGGUAACUCGGGGUACAACCAGAACCAGAACCAGAACCAGGGCAACUACGGCUCCAACCAAAGCCAGCACGGCCGUCAGGAUUCCCACCACAACUCCAGCAACAGCAACAGCAACUACAACAACGAAGACUUCAGCAGCGCAGCCAGCCACGCCGCCGAGGAAAAGAGCGACGAUAAGUCGUUUUUCAGUAGUGCGCUGAAGUUCCUCGCUGACCGGAAGAACAAGCAGUCCGACGAUGACGUCGACGAGCAGGAGGCUGUGAACUCGCACCAGGCGAUGUACGGGUCCGGAUCCGGAUCUGGAUCUGGAUCUGGGUCUGGAGGACAUGAUUCGAAGACUGUUGGUGCGGGGGCGGCGAUGGAGGCGUUGAAGAUGUUUACUAGUGGUGGGAAGAGUGAUGGGGGCAUGGAUAAGAAUAAGCUGAUUGGGCUUGCGAUGGCUCAGGCGGGGAAGUUGUGGGAUGAGAAGUCUGGGUCUGGGGGUAAUAUGACUGGUGAUAAGCAGUCUGCUGUGAACUCUGCUGCGGAGGUGGCGUUGAAGAUGUACCUGAAGAGUCAGGGUGGUGGUGUUGGGGGCACUGGUGGUCCGAGUGGAUUGAUGAGUCUGGCGAGCAAGUUCUUGUAA